AAAACAGAGAGCGACGACCUUUAAACUCUUUCGUCUUAAGUUCCCUCUCUCUCUCUCUGUCAUUAUCUCGAUUUGUCCUCUUCACUCGAAAUUUAGGUUCUUUUAAUCUUCUCCUGAGCAAUCCGCCUUUCGAGCUUCAAGCCUUUAGGUCCAGAGGUUUGUUUGUAUUAUGAAGGGUGGAGUACAUUGUUUAAAAAUCUCUCACUUCUUGUCUCUUAUCUGAAUGCUUAUAAUGGAGUGUAACAAGGAAGAGGCCUCUAGGGCAAAGGCCUUAGCAGAGAAUAUGAUGCUGAGAGGUGACUUCCCCAAGGCUCAGAAGCUUGUAGUGAAGGCUCAGAGGCUCUUCUCAGGUCUUGAGAGCUUACCACAAAUGUUAGCCGUGUGUGAUGUACAUUGCUCCGCCGACAAGAAAAUCAACGGUCUUGAGAACUGGUACGGUAUUCUUCAAGUCAAGCAAUUUUCCGACGAUGCUGCAAUCAAGAAGCAGUACAGGAAGCUCGCCUUGCUUCUCCAUCCUGACAAAAACCAGUUCGCUGGCGCUGAGGCUGCUUUCAAGCUGGUUGGGGAAGCUAACAGGUUGCUUGCCGACAAGGAGAAACGGAGUCAGUAUGAUAUCAAGCGCAGAAUCAAUUCACAGGUUGCUAGCAGACAGUGGAGUGCAAACUUUGGAACUGCAAAGAGUGGUGGUGACAGUACUGUUAGGAAGGAAACGUUUUGGACGUGUUGCGAGCAUUGUGGCUAUAAGUAUAAGUACUUGGGACAGUAUGUGAACUCCAAAAUGUAUUGUUCCCGUUGUCAAAGAUCAUUCAUGGCUUACGACGUUGGGUUUAAUGGAGUGCCGCCUAAACCGAGCGCUAGUCAGAAAGAAGUUCAAAAUCAGGGGACUUGUAACACACCUGUGAGUGAAAACGUGGAGUUUACUGGUGUUCAACCAGGAAGUGUAGCAGGUAAGGUUGAUAAGAAAGAAUCUGCCAAAGAGAAAUUCAACGAGAAGAAUGGAGGAGGUGAGAAAAAUGCUGAAGUAAGGAAACCCAAAAUAGAGGAUGAAUCGAUGAAGAAUGAUACUGAACCAAGUAAAUCCGAGGAAGGUGAGGAGAAGAUGGACCAGACAGCUGAUCUACCCAAAGCUGAUGGUUUGAAGCCGCAACCUGAGGUUACAGAACCGGAAAAGGUUGCAUCAAGAUCUGUCCCUGAUGAAUCAGUUUCAAGGACUAGUCAAGCACCCUCAGUGAACAAGGGCAAAAGAAAGAGGAGAGAGAUUGUUGAGGAGCCGACUGAGGUUAGAACAGAUUCAAAGGAUAAUAGUAGGAGGACAUCUUCAAGGAAAAGGCAGCAGGUUUCUGGCGGAGAGAAGGGAAGAAGUAAUGGUGUUUUAAGCCCUCACAGAAACAGGUCAAGCUCAAAAGUUGGAUUAAAAUCUGAGCGAACUACCAAAAAACAAAAGUUAGGCGUUGGAUCAUCCAAACGUCUUGAUUCUGGUGGUUCUUCUGUGCCUUCAUGUGUUUUUAAUGGAAAGCCUAAUAAAAGUGUGGAUUCUGGAUAUCAAGAAAGCUUGUCAACGGAAGACAACAACCACAAGCCUGUUACGCAUGAUUCACCUGAUCCAGACUUUCAUAAUUUUGAACUGGCAACAAGCUCCUUUGCAGUCAACCAGGUGUGGUCUCUGUAUGAUCCCACUGAUGGUAUGCCUCGGUCUUAUGCUCGUAUUACAAAAGUGACUGAAGCUGAGUUCAAGGUGUGUAUUACGUGGCUUGACCCCUUAGAAGAUAAUAACGAUAACUCUGUUCCCAUUGCUUGUGGAGUUUUCCAAGAUAGGGAGUCACAGGAGGUAGACGACCGUUUGAUAUUCUCUUGUCAGAUGCUUCAUGUACCUGGUGACAGUAACACCGCUAUUUAUCCAAGAGCAGGAGAGGUUUGGGCAGUUUUCAGAGGCUGGGAUAGCAGUUGGAAUGGUAGCUCAGAUAAAGGAACUUAUGAAUAUGACUUAGUUGAAGUUUUGUGUGAUUUUAAUAAUGUGGAUGGCGUUGAAGUGGCUUACUUGGGAAAAGUGGAAGGAUUUGUUUCCCUGUUUCGACGAAAUGUGAAGUAUGGAUUUCUCCAACUUCAGAUUCCACCAAACGAGAUGCUAAGAUUUUCUCACAAAGUCCCUUCAUUCAAAUUGACUGGAAGGGAGAGAGAAGGUGUUCCUCCUGGGUGCUUCGAAUUAGACACUGCUGCUUUACCAAAAGAGAUGUUCCAGGUUGUAAAGUCUAAAGUUGAUGUGGAGUUGGAUAGAAAAAUGGCGAAUGGUAAAUCCGGUGGUUCUAUUCAUGAGGCUUCCAAGGUUGAAGCGCAGGCAAAGAAACGUCAAAAAAUCAAUGACAAUCACAGUUCAUCCUCCAAAGCAUCUGAAGGAAUCUGCUUGACUCAUCAAAUGAACUCAGUGAAGAAGUCCAAGAAGAGUGUCAAAGCAGUGGAUGGCUUGAAACUGCGAAAAGACCCUUGUGGUCUGAGUGAAACAAACAACCAAGCAACUUCAAGUCCAGGUCAAGAGAAAGCUGAGAAGAAGAUUGCUAACGAUGAUGUGUCCUGCGGACAGCCAGAUGUGUUUUGUUUCUCUGAUGAGACGAUGACUACACCGAAGAAACCUGCAAAGGUCGUGACUGCAGCUGAUUCCUCGAGAAUCAGGAAAACACACAAAGCCACAGGGAACUCAAAGAAGCGUGGGAGAAAUGAUGAGUCAUUGUCUCAGUCCAGAGGUAAUGGUUUGUUGAAUCGUGCUGAAAAAUCCUCAGUUUCAGAGACUCAUGGGCCAUCCAGAUGCACAACCAGGCAAGAAAACACUUAUAACUUUGAGAACCAGAGAUCCGAGGACAAAUUUCAGAUUGGUCAGAUAUGGGCUAUUUACUGCAAUGAUUACAAAGGGAUGAUGCCAAGAAAGUAUGCUCAGGUUAAGAGAAUCGACACAAGUCCUGAGUUCAAGCUACACGUAGCACCUCUAGAGCUGUGCCGUCCUCCAAAUCUCAUGACACAUCCCCUGUGCUGUGGCACUUUUAAGUUGAAAACAGGUACAGCAGAUGUCCUUGUACCUAGCAGCUUCUCACAUCAGACUAAAGCUGUGAAGAAAGGUAUAAACAGAUACGAAGUGUAUCCAGGAAAAGGUGAGGUAUGGGCUUUAUACAAGAACUGGAACACUACAGAUUGUUCUGAGACUGAAGAAGAAGAACUUGAGAUUGUGGAAGUUGUUGAAACCAACGAGCAGAGCAUACGAGUGGUGCUAUUGACUGCUAAAGUGUGUAACAAGCUUCUCUACGGAAGGUGUGUGGAGACAGUGGCGGGUUGUGUAGACAUUCCAAAGACGGAAGUGAAUAGAUUCUCACAUCAGGUUCCAGCGUUCAGACGUGAGAGAAGUGGAGACUACCAAUGGUGGGAGCUUGACUCUAAAGCACUAAUUGGUCUUUAACUCAAAGAAGCUGAAGUCUCUUUCUUUUUGUUAAUCUUGCAUUUCUUGUCUAGUUUAGAUGUAAUGGUAAAUUAAAAACAUGAAGAAGAGACUGAAUAUAAUAAAAACAAGAGAGAAGAAUGUUUUAUCUAAUCAAA